AACGAGAUAACGAGAGUGUCCGAGAACAGACGAAACUCACUUCGUUCGUCCAUCGCCAUUUCAUCUUUCGCAGGCUCGAGGACUUCUCGACGACCCCCACGCGAACGCGCCUCCGCCUGGUGGUCCGAAAAUGGAAUCUCAAUCCAGCGUUUGUGCAAAUUUUGAGCAGGUUGGCCAGGCCUUUGCGUCUCACUAUUACAACGUCUUUGACUCGAACCGAGGUCAACUCGGUCAACUUUACAAGGACGAGGUCUCGAUGCUUAAUUUCGAGCACUCUGUUGGUCGUCCGGGCCAGUUUAAGGGCACUGCUGCAAUCUUGCAGAAACUUCAAAGCUUACCUCAGCAGGUGAAACAUCAGGUGAUCACCAUUGACUGCCAGCCAACGCCGGGGGGGGGAGUGUUGGUGAUGAUCUGCGGCAAUCUUCUCGUAGACACCGAAAUUCCCCAGAAAUUUAGCCAAGUCUUCCAGCUGCUGCCGACAGGUUCUGGAUCGUACUAUAUCUUUAAUGAUAUAUUUCGAGUAAAUGUCGGGUAGUCUUGUUCGAAGGUACUUUCGAAGGUACCUUCGAAGGUAAUGUUAUCUUCUAGUUUUUGAGAUAUUAAAAGAUGAUACUUGAC